AAGUGCUUCGCAACUGAUCAAGUGUUCAGUCAGACUUUCGCUUUCGUCUCGAGAAUUUUCCAACUUUGCUUGAAGCACAGCACUCGCUUUUACAUGUACUCACGGUCACGCUUUCCAUUCGCUUUUUAUCGGCGUCUUCAAGAUGUCGACUCACCGCCGUUCGUUUCCCACCUCUUCCAUCCCUCCCCGCGACCACGUCACCAAUCCUCUCUUUUACGUUGGCCGCGUCGCCAAUCCUUUCGUUGCUGGCCCCGGCGCCAAUUCGUUCUUUUCUGGCCCCCUCGCCAAUCCUCUCCUUUCCGCGGGACCGUGGUUCCCGAAUCCUCUCCGUGGCUCGUCGGAGCCCGUCGGCCUCUUCCCAAACCCCCUCCGCGGCGUCCAGACCGACCGGUUCGAUGGUCUGCCUGGGGUGCCUCUUCGCCGUGCUGGCCACAGGUCAGCACGGCCGCUGAAGAGCUGCCUCGUCAAGACGACGCGUCCGCCUUUUGUCGAGCGGAAACUGGUGCGGUUCGCCGUCCCAUUUCCUCCCGGCUCACCGCGGUGCGAGGAGUGCAAGGUAAGCUUUCGGGCGAGGAUGCUGACCCACGAGAGCAGGUGGGUCGAUCUCGACAGGCUCGGCCUGUCGAGCGACUGGUGGGUAGGGGUCCCAUCGUGGCUGAGUGUGGACCUGUUCACGGCCCGCUGGCAGGGCCGGUUGAACGCGAAGCCAGACCUUCUUUUCAGAUUACAGUUAGGAUCGUGAGUCCGUGACCUAGUCUUUUCCGCUUUUCCUUUUUUCUGUCUGUCGUUUCAGUCUGUCUUUUGCGUUGCUUUCCGUCGCUCGUUUGGCUUUGUUAUUUGCUUGUUUGCUUUUCUGUCUGUCGUUCUCGCCUGCUUUGUUGUUUUUUUAUUGCUUUCCAGUCUGUCGUUUUCAGUUGUUUUGUUUUGAUGGAAAGCGUUGUUUUGUUUUGUUUUUGGUGUUGGGGUUUCUACAGCGUGGGAUUUCAGCGUUUUCAGCGUGGUGUUUUCUGUUUCAGUCACUCGUUUGUUCUGAGGAUUUGGCGUUGGGAGUUUUUGCUUUUCCGGUUGAAGAAGCGAUGCUUUUGUCGGUUGGGGGAGG